AUGCAUUCUCCAUCUUAUGGUUUGUCAACUGCUCGCUGGUAUUAUUCACCAUCCACACCAACUCGAUAUUAUGAACCAGUAGCAGCCAAUUAUUCUUAUUAUACUCGUCCCCCAUCGGCAUCGGCAAUGAAAUCUUAUAAUGUAUUCAAUCGUUUUAGUAAUUCUCAAAAUCAUUUGGUCUAUGAUGAUGCUCAACUACACGAGAGACGAUUAAAUCGAAAUUUAGAGCAGUAUGGUUUCAGUCGUAGACCUGUCAAAGGUGAUGGCAAUUGUUUAUUUUAUGCUUUGACUGAAGGUAUUGCCUAUGAAAUGCGUGUUGACGAGAAUUUUGCCUAUAGUAUUCAUGCAUUAAUGAACCUUCCACAAAAGACGGACAUGACGCAUUUUGCCAAUCUCUUACGUCAGUUAUGUGUUGAUCAAUGGAGAACAAACCAACAAUAUUACAGCAAUUUCGUCGAUAAAAAAGUAACAUUUCUAAAAGAAGUAAAAAAAUUUUCAAAAAACGGCGUGUCUGAAUCAAUAUUAGGCGAUAUUGUACCGUUGACAAUUUGUAAUGCUUUGAAUAUUAACGUGACCAUUUUCACAUCGGUGUCCGAUUUGCCUGUAAUCGAAGUUAAAUCUGAAUCACCUGGAAAAAAUGUAAAGACAAUCUAUUUAGCUUACAAUCAACAUGGUGCAGGACAUUAUGACGCUGCUCAGCGUUAUGCUUAG